GUAGGUACGUAGUACUCGUAUGUUCCCGAUCAGUGGGACUGGCAAAAUUUAAAUUUUUGAGAGAAUAGAUAAUGCUUCAUCUUGUUGUUGGCCCGGGAUGUACGAUACGUACGCACGCAGAGAUACCAUACUACAAUACGCGCCAAAUGAAACGACACAGAGAGCAGUUGGAGGAGAAUAUCAUCGUUAACCUCGCCGUCAUAUUACUUUAAAUACCUGUCGUUCAUAAAAGUAUUUUAAUCAGUAUUCAUCAUGAAAGUCGUUGCAUUUCUAUUGACAACGUUGAGCUGUGCAGGUGCCUUCACCUCGGGAUCAACCCGCUCAGGACGCAAAUCGUUCGGAUUGUUCGCCGAAGAAGCUGAUGUCGCCGAACCAGAAACUAUGGGCGCUGAAGCCAUCUCAGCUUUGACGAGUGAUGUGAAGACCCACUUUACUUCCGUUGACGUCGACAGCAUUCUUCCCCACCGUUAUCCAUUUGCACUUAUCGACAAGGUCGUUGACGUGGUACCAAACAAAAAAGUCAUUGGUGUCAAGGCAGUCUCGAGAAACGAAGACUUUUUCAAUGGACAUUUCCCUGGCCAACCAGUUAUGCCUGGUGUCAUGCAACUCGAGGCUAUGGCACAAUUGGCCGGAGUCAUUCUGAACACCGCAGACGGAAUCGAAGAAGGAACCAUCGGGUUUUUCGGAUCGGCUGAUGGGGUCAAGUGGAAGAAACCUGUUGUGCCUGGAGAUUUGCUCGUCAUGGAAGUUGAAAUUAAGAAAAUGAACCUGAGAUUUGGAAUCGUCAAGGCAAGUGGAAAGGGUUACACAGAUGGAGAUUUGGCAGUAGAAGUCGGUGAAAUGACCUUGAUGUUGGCCAAACCCGAAAAGAAAUAGACGACUUUCAUGCGAAGAAAAGAUUUUCUUCCUCACACUAUUACUAGCUAUGC